GCUGGUAAUACUAUUUAAGCAUGACAGCUUAUUUAUCAAAGAAAGAAGGUUGCGUAAAUAUGGCGUCUGCAAGCGAGGAGGAAAACGUUUCUGGACGGCGCACACGUUCUGGUAAAAAAGUUGGUUCACCGGUACGUGCAACAAGACGAUCCACCAGAAAACAGGCGCAUGAUCAGACUCUCGAAUCCGAAGUAGAACAAUCAGACAUUAUAAAAGAAAUGCUUGCCGAAGCUGCACAAGGAGUUAUCAAAGUUGAUAGUGAAGAUGCAGUCAUUUUCGAUCCUGAUAGCCAAAAUUUAACUGAUGAUCAGAGUGUUAUAUAUCAAGAAGAAGUUGUUGAAGUUGAACAUCAACAACAUAUGGACGACAAUGAGAUCUAUAGCGUAAUUGAUGACGAACAUAUAAAUUCGGAAGUUACUGUUGCAAACGAUGAAAAAAGUUCGUCUUUUCCUUUUGGCAUUAUUGGUCAUUCAGAAACCUCAGAUGAGGCGCAAGUUGAAGAGGUUUCUGAGGAAAUAAAUGAUUCUGGUGUAGUUGAAAAUUCAUUACUCGCAUCUCUAGUUGGAGACAACGCAAAUAGUUUACCGUCGGUUGGUGGUUGUGAAGACAAUGAUAUUAAGAAAGAAGAUUUCGAUUCAAAAAUAGAAAACCCAAUGCAUUCUAGUUGUGAGAAAAUGGAAUCAGAUGAAUCAAAUACUGAAGCAGCUAUAGCUGAAGAUAUUGCUGGUGUAGAUGAUGGUAGCAACGCUACCAUGGUUAAUACUGAAAUAAUAUCAGAGGACGAAUUACCAUUACCAACCAAACCAGAAAUAAAUGACGCUGAAGAGGUAUCAGAUGAGGAAUUACCUGCGCCUAAACGGGCCGAACUACCAGCCGAUGCCGAAGUUAUAUCAGAAGAUGAAUUGCCGGCAAACAGUGCAGCUGAAAGAAAAUCUCCAAGUGAUUCACCAAAACGUGUUUUAAAAACUGAUUUGCAGACAACGGAUCAAAAAAUAUACAAACGAAAGGCCGAUGAUACAGAUAGCGAAAAUCAAUCAAUUACACAAAAAAAAUCAGAUGAACAGUAUAAUCCUAUGAGUCCGACUUCCGAAAGUAAUGAUGCACCACCCAUUGAGAAGAAAGCUAAACUUGAGUCCGACGAAACUGAGGCUAAGGAUCGGAGGAAGGAUAAAGAAAAGGAAAAAGAACGCGAAAAGACUAAAGAGAAAGAAAAAGAGCGUGAUAAAGAAAAGGAACGUAAACGACUACCAGAAUUAGAUAAAUAUUGGCGUGCAGUUAAGGAAGAUACUACUGAUUUUACUGGGUGGACAUAUCUGUUACAAUAUGUAGACAAUGAGUCAGACGCAGAAGCCGCUAGAGAAGCGUAUGAUGCUUUUUUAAGUCUUUAUCCUUAUUGUUAUGGUUACUGGCGUAAAUAUGCAGACUAUGAGAAGCGUAAGGGUAUCAAAGCCAAUUGUAAUGCGGUGUUCGAACGUGGCUUAGAUGCAAUACCCCUUUCCGUGGAUUUAUGGAUACACUACUUAGCGCAUGUCAAAAGCACUCAUCCAGAUGAUGAAGACUACAUACGUUCCCAAUUUGAGCGUGCAAUUGAUGCUUGCGGAUUGGAGUUUCGCUCUGACAAACUUUGGGAUGCUUACAUUAAGUGGGAAAAUGACAAUAAAAGUUUUCAAAACGUAUCACAAAUAUAUGAUCGCCUUCUCGCAAUUCCAACACAAGGAUAUAGUGGACAUUUCACAAAUUUUCAAGAUUUCAUUAAUGAACGUGCAGUUACAAAUGUAAUAAACAAUGAAGAAUUAAAAAAGUUACGUUUUGAAAUUCGUGAGUCACGUUCUUCUAAAAGUCGUCGUAGUCAUUCCAAAGAAAAGGAUAAAGAAAAUACAAAGGAUGAUAAAAAAGAUCAUGCUGUUGAGUUGGAUAGAAGCUCGCCACAAAAAGAUAUUGAUAACAUCGAAGAAGAUGAUACGUUAAAAUUACAAACAAAUCUUUCUGAUCCAAGUACAAUUACCGAUGAUGAAAUACCGGCAAUCAAAGAGAAAUAUAUAUCAUCACGUAGGAAAAUACACAAAAAUACUGUUGCUGCCGUUUCGGCCCGUUGGACUUUUGAGGAAGGUAUUAAAAGACCUUAUUUUCAUGUUAAACCGCUAGAGCGUUGCCAAUUGAAAAACUGGAAAGAUUAUUUAGACUUCGAAAUCGAAAAAGGAGACAGAAAACGUGUUCUUGUGCUGUUUGAACGUUGUUUAAUUGCUUGUGCAUUGUAUGAUGAGUUUUGGCUUAAAAUGAUACGUUAUUUAGAAACACAAAUGGAUCAGUCAGGUAUACCUGCUAUUAUAUCGGAUGUUUUUCGACGUGCAUGUGAAAUUCAUCAUACCGAUAAACCUAAUCUACAUUUGAUGUGGGCGGCAUUUGAGGAAUGUCAAAAUAAUUAUGAUCUUGCCGCUAAAGUACUCUGUAAUCUAGAAAUUAAAUGUCCAAACAUAUUGCAAAUAUCUUAUAGGCGCAUCAAUUUGGAACGACGCCGUGGGGAUCUUGAAAAAUGCAAGCAGUUAUAUGAACAAUAUAUAUCUAAUCAAAAAAAUAAGACUAUAUCGAGUAAUUUGAGUAUUAAAUUUGCAAGAUAUUUAAACAAAAUAAUGAAUGAUCUUGAUUGUGCAAUGCUCGUUUUACGUCAAGCCUCUGAACGUGAACCAGAAAAUACACGUGUUGUGUUACAAAUGAUCGAUUUAGCUUUGCAGCGUCCAAAAGUCGAUGAAAAUGAGGUUGUUGUGAUUAUGGAUAAAUUUAUGGCACGUGAAAAUAUUGAACCAGAACAGAAGGUUAUGUUUGCUCAGCGUAAAGUAGAAUUUUUGGAAGAUUUUGGCAGCACAGCAAGAGGUUUACAAGAUGCACAACGUGGAUUACAAAUAGCUAUCAGCAAAUGCAAUGAGACGAAGAAAAAAAGAGAAACUAGUCCUAACCGUAAAUCACAUGCAAAAGAUAACACAGCCUCAAGUUCAGCAAACCAAUCUAGUUAUAAUAAUGGGUCCACCUCGGGUGGUAACUAUAACUAUAACUCCGCUAAUUCUGCAUACUAUGGUCAACAGGGUAACAGCACUUACCCAUCUCAAUCUUAUGAUAAUUAUUAUAAUCAUUGGCAAUAUAGUUCCAAUUAUAGCGGUUAUGGACAGUGGAGUGGCUAUGGAAAUUACUAUUAAAAUAGAAAUAAAAUAACUUAUGUUUAUAUAUAUAAAAAUCUAUUAUCAAAAAUUGAUUAUACUAUUUUAAACAAUAACACUUGCUGAUAAAUGUUACAUUCAAUGUCGCGUAUGUGUUAACAACAUAAAACCGAUGACCCAUGUAAAUUAUAUUAAGGCACACAAAUCAACUAGAAUUCGAUAUUUGAUUUCGUUAUAAUUGCGUUGAAAAAGGUUUUUAUAUGUAAUUCUUUUAAAUUAAAAACGAUUUGAUAUAAUUAUAAAUUUGUAACCUUUAUGAAACCAACCUCGUCAACAUUAAUAAAUAA